AUGGUGCAGGUUUACAUGGUACAGGCCUACAUGGUACAGGUCUCCAUGGCACAGGUCUACAUGGCACAGGUCUACAUGGCACAGGUCUACAUGGUACAGGUCUACAUGGUACAGGUCUACAUGGUACAAGUCCACAUGGUACAGGUCCACAUGGUACACUGGGCAGCUGAGGUUCAUCCAAGGUUCAAGGACGAAAUCCGGGUUCAUUCUCGAGGUUUUAAGGAGGCCCCAGGAAGACCCAGAGACACUUUAGAAUCUCUCACCUACGCCAGAGACACAGAAUCUCUCUACACCAGAGACACUGUAGAAUCUACCUACGCCAAGACACUGAGAAUCUCUCACCUACACCAGGAACACUCCAGAGACACUGUAGAAUCUCUCACCUACACCAGAGACACUGUAGAAUCUCUCACCUACACCAGAGACACUGUAGAAUCUCUCACCUACACCAGAGACACUGUAGAAUCUCUCACCUACACCAGAGACACUGUAGAAUCUCUCACCUACGCCAGAGACACUGCAUUCAAUUCUUGCAUCGAUACAUCCAACUCUUCACAAAAAUACUCUCCAGAUAUGUUUCGUCAGCAGUUAGAGCAACAAAUACUCGUCAGUGUAAGAGGUCAAGGUCAAUCUGAAGGUCAAAGGUCACUUUUGACAGCGCCAGGGUCUGAAACCUCUUCUCGUGGUUCACUUGUUUAUCCUGAGAGAGAGAAAGAUGUCGACAAGGACCAACACCCAGCCUCCCACCACCAUGCUGACAAAGGUCGCUCGCCGCUGAGGGAGGCGCAGAAGAGUGGGGCAGAGAGAGCCAAGGAGAAGGUCAGGCGGAAGAGUGAGGGAGAGAGACCGAAGGAGAGGGAGAAGAGACGUGAGGGAAGCAAACCUGAACGGAAUUCAGAGACAGAGAGACUGAAGGAGAGAGAGAGGAAGGACAGGAAACUAGAAUAUGAUAGGUUGAAAAUUGAGGAAAGGGAGAGACAGAGAGCUGGUAAAGAGAAGACACAGACAAACGCAGAUAAAGACAAGAGAAAGAAAUCCCUAGAACGUGAGAAGAGAAAAUCCUUCGAAGACCGAGAGAGGAAGAAGAGUGAGGAGAGGGAGAGGAAGAAGAGUGAGGAGAGGGAGAGGAGGAAAAGUAUUGAACGGGAGAAGAGACGGAGCGUCGAGCGAGAAAAACGGAGGAGUGAGGACAGGAGAAGAAGCGAGGAGAGGGAGAGACGAAAGAGCCCCGAGAAGCAGAAGAAAAGAGAAGAGGAGAAAGAUAAGAGAACCACAGACAAACACUAUGGCGGCCACUCAGGCUCCCCGGAGAAGAGAAUAAGUAGUAGUAGCAGCAGCAGUAACAGCAGGAUGGUGCAGCAAAACAGCAGUGGAGGAGGGGCCGGGGGAGGGUCUCGCACUGACCUGUCUGAGGCUGAGAGGGCCGAACUAGAGCGGCGGGAGAGAAUACAACGGUACAAGGACGAGCGACGCAAGCAGAUAGCUGCCAGGUACGGGACGGCGGAGUGGUCGUCGUCAGAAGAGAGCGCGGGAGGAGAGGAGUCCUCCUUCCUGGCCUAUCGUAGGAGGCGCCGCAAGGGCCGUGACGCUGACACCUCCUCCACCGACCUCUCCCCGCACGACGCCAAGAGGCCUCAGGAGAACGGGUCCUCGCUUGAAGGUCGUGGACGGCGUCUGGUGGGCGGUUCGUCGUCUGAGGAUGUGGUGAUGGGCGUAAGGACCAAUCGCACCUCGCGCCUCCGCCAUGCCGCCCUGUCCUCCUCCUCCAACAACAACAACAACAACAAGAAUAACAACUCCAGUUCCGCCCACGACGCUGUGAGGGACGCCACACCCACCACCGAGAAUGUUGGUGAUCGAGGCCGUGCUGGCGAACCCUCUCCUGACCGCGCCUCCCUCAAACGUCUACCCGACCAGGCUGAGGGUCGAACGGGUAUAGGCGGGGAUUCUGCCGACUCUACUCUCAGCGGUAGCGACGGGCGUGGUGGGCGGCGGCGUGUGGGCGGCGAGGAGAGGGACAAGUCUCACAAGAGGAAGUCCAACUUGAACCGCUCCACUACUAGCGAGGAGCCCGCCGCUGACCUCUUCCCUCCCACACACCCCAGUGACAGCAACGGUGAGUACCAACACCUCCACACACUUCUUAAGGCUGGUGUACAGCUCUGGCGACACAACCAGAAGAUACUUUUAUCAAGGUUCAUCACAGCCUCAACACCUGUAAUUAAGCUAUAAUCAACCAUUUAAUCU